AAAUGAUAGCAUGGAGCUUGUAGACGGUAGUGCGAAGUUGUUUGGGGAAGAUACGUUGAUAGAGUGGAAUGCAGUGUGCGAGUCCUUGUUUAAACCUUGCGAGCUUGAUGAACAGACAAAGCAGGCUCUAGAAUUAAUCUGUUCCUCGUUAUUAGUCAUUGUGCAAAGAAUGUUAGGAGAUCACUUAGAGGGGGGGGUUCAUACUAAGCAUACAGAGGAAGAUAGGAUAACAACUAAAUCAGUUCCAACAACAAAUGUUAGUGUAGAAAGAGAUUUUGGCAUGUUAGAUAGAAUUCUAAAAGAAAAGCCAAAUGCCACCACAAUAGCAAUAGAAGGAUUAAUUAUGUACAAAAAAAACAAGACUGGUGAAUGGCUUGGCCAGCUAGCAGACGAGAAACGCACGGAGUACAUUGAGUGGGCAGCUAGAUCAGUGAAUGAACAAAGAGUAGAAUUUGUUAGGUGGAAGAAAGAGAUACAAGAGAGAAGGUUGCAGAAGCGAGCAGAAAAACUAAAUGUUGCAAUGAAUAAACAAAAGCAAUGCAGAGCCAGAAUAGAUAAACUAACUCGAGAGCUGUGUAGUGUGGGUGGGCUUUGGGAUACUGAAGAAAAGGCUAGGUGUGAAUUAGGGAAAUGUACAUCUGAGAGAAGCAAGCUGGAAGCACUGCGAAUUCAGAUCAGGUAUCGCAAAGUAGUAAUGCAGGCAGAAAAUGAAGGUAAUAGGCUUAGCCUUUCUAAGAGCUCUAAAAAGUUUAGCGUAGCAGUUUUGACUGAAAACCUGAAUGCAGUAAUUAGGGAAGCUAAUCGAGAGAUGGAGGAGGUUUAUGGUGAGAGUAGUGUGGCUAGUGGUGUUUCACAUGAGGCAGCAGAUAAGCAAUCAAUAGACGAGGCAAAGGAAAAGUAUGAUGAGGCAGUUAGAAGUUUAACAGAGAAAGAAACUAGUGAGCCAGCAAGAAAACGUGUUAAAGCAUGUCUAAAUGUGGCAAGUUGCGAUCCGAGGGCAAUAGUGGGUAGGUACGUAAAGCAUUUGUGCAGUGAGCAGGGAAAAGAUGAGUGGUUUUCUGGUGUACUAGUAAGGGUUGGUUCAAGGUAUGGGAUUAGGUAUGAUGGGUAUAAAGAGAUAUUUAUGUGGAAUGUGAAGCAGCUACAAGAAGACAUGGAGAAGGGAGAGUUACUGGAGAUAGAGUUAGAGCCAGAGUAUUUAGUUGGUAAGAAUAUAGAGCAUUUAUGGAUUGAGGAGGAUACAGGAGACGAAGUGUGGUACAAGGGAAGAGUUGUGGACCGGGAUGGGGAUAAUUAUGUAGUUAUUUAUGAGGAUGAGGAUGAGGAGGAGGAGGAAAGUUAUGAAGAAGGUCAUGAAAUGAGUAUAAAGGUUGAUUUGCUUACUGAUUAUAUGGCUGGAGAGGUUAAACUUAUCUAGGUUAGGAAUUCAUCUAGGACAAUUAAAGGUAAUCUGUGACCACCUCACCUGAGCAAUGUGGUAGCGGUGGUGCAACUACAGUUAAACUUAUGUUAAUGGACACCUGUAUAGAAAUGACACAUAGCAUUUGCAGUAGAUGAAGUGGCAGUAAACCUCUCAGUGCACCUUGCUUUGUUUGUUACCAGUGCUAGCUGUCACCAU